CAUUUUGGAGAAUGUAGCUAGUCAAUGUGAGGCCGUAGGAAGAAGAAUUGUGAGAGAAACCUUCGUUUUGUCCAUCCAAAAACAAUGGAGAAGCAGACACUUGUUUGGUUGCCAAGAAACAAAGCAGCCAACCCAAAAGAAAAAUACACAAAAAUUUCAGGUGGGUCAACCGGAAAACAAUUGUAUUUGGAACCCAUUUCCAGUUUCGACGACUUUCCGAGGAAUUUGGAAGUUCUCAGAUUGUGCUCUGAGAUCGAGGUUAUGGAAUUUGGACCAGGCCAUGAGAUCCGUUCUAGGACCAAUUGGACCAGGAUUCACCAAUCUUGGGUGCUGUGGGACUCCAUGGUUAGAUAUCAUUACUUCCCCUGUGUUCUGAGAUGAUAUUAUUUUAUUGAUUCUUUGAUAUUUUCCUUGUUUCUGCUGUAUCUUAUGAACACAUGUCAAAAUGUUUUGGUAAUCAAAAAAUAAUAAAACAAUAAUGGUUCUCUUUAGUCAUAGCUCACAGUCAUUUCAAGUUCUUUACCAUAUUUCUAUGCUUUUACUUUUCUCCUCCUCCUCCUACCUAUCUACCCUUUGGUUCUUUUUUUACAUAAUCAUAACUUGGAGUAAACCUUGCCUUUUUCAUAAAGGAAAAACCAAUGGAUUUCUUCUUUUCUCCUAUAUUUAAAAGAAACUUGUUGUAUUCUGUCUCAUCUCCAGGAGCCACCUCCUUCUCAGCCUGCUAUAACCUGUGAAACUUGUUAGCUUCUGAAAGAAAGGCCCACCUUUUUCCUUUCUUCUUAUUGCUAUUUAAGGUUUGAAAAACUGUUCCCCUCUGCUUAUGUUUAUUUAACUAUUUUGUUGAAAUGGUAGUUUCUUCAGUGUCUGGGUUUCGUGGUAGAAUUGUUUUGCUGGAUUCUGAAGAACACCGCUGUUUAAAUAUAGACCCUUUUCUUUCUCAGUUCAAUUCAGUUCAAUUUCAACAGAACUGUUCAAUUUGUACCUCCCUCCAUUGUGAUUGUUUGAGUACUCGAGUGGACCUGACACUUUGAUACAAUUCAUGUCUGCUUUCCAUAAUUGAGAUUUGAGAAAAGAGCUAGAUGCUGUUAAGAUUUUUCCGUUUGACUCUUGUUAUUUGGUGUUCCAAUCUUGUGAUGAUGGCCAAGAAAACGGGCUAAGCUCAAUUUCCAUCUAAGUGUGUGGAGAGACCUUGGAAGACUUCUCAGUUCUCUUCAUGUUUAAAAUGGAAAAGCGCAUCCAGCGCCAGGGCUCCAAUCUGCAGUUUAACAAGAACGUUCCAGGCUGCUUCUGGACCAUAUUCCACACUAUUGACUACCAUCGUUGGCAUAACGUUAAAAAGAGGCUUCCUUACAAAAAGCAUUCAAGAAACAAGGGAGGUCCAAAAUCAACUCGAAACGACCACCAAGUUGAGAAAGUCUCAGAACAAAGUAAUGAUGGAAACGAUCCUCUAGUGUGUACUGCAGAGAGUUGUCCUAUUGGCAGAAAACCUGGAGAAGCCCAUGUAAAUGAAGUGAUGGCUCAAGAGAUGUCAGAGGAAGAAAGCCAAAAGUUCUGGAAAUUCAAUUCCAGUUCAAAACGAAGGUUGAUUCGAACACAGUCUAUACAUCAUAUAGAGUCUUCAUAUUAUUCUCCAGGAUAUAGUGAUGAAAAUGGAGACAACGGAAUCACUUCUCGACAGAAAUCUCCUGUGAAAUUAGCUGCAUCUGGAAUGAGGAGUGUUUCUCUGAGUGCCAUGGAUAAUGAGGACUACUUUAUCCAGAGAAAAAUUGAUAUUCAAUUGCCUUCUUUGACAAAAAAAUCUAAUGGAGUAAAGAAAAACUUAGAAGCAAACAAGAUCAACAGAAAUGUUUCCUGUCGCUCAUUUAAGACAGACGCUCAUAUACAAGAGAUAUUUAAGGCAAAUAGAAAACUUUUUGCUGAAUUGUUACAGGGUGCACAUAGUAAGAACACUCUCCAAACCUCGCAAAAUAAGAAGUCCUCAGCAAGUCUAGCAAAAUCAGGGUCCUUUCCUGCUCCUAGUUCAGCACAAAAAGGAUACAGAAAACUUAGCUCACUCCGACACAAGCAGAGUGAGUCCUAUCCAAAACAAAAAUCUAAUUCUCCCCACCCAUCAAAGCUGGUUGAAUCUAAAUCUCCCGAGAAUUUUCAUGAAGAUAUGACACCUUGUGAUUCUGAUAGUACUUCACAUAACAUAAAACACCAAACAACACCCUCUUCUUCAGGCUUGAAUCAUGGACUAAGGCAUGGGGGGUGGAAUCAAUUGGUUGUCAAGCGUUUCAAUUUUAUUAAGCAGAAAAUAAGGGGCUCACUCAAGGAGAGGAAGAGGGGAAAUCACCAGAAAACAUCGAAAGGAAUACCAACCGUGCAUUCCCCUGGACAUGAACUUCCCUUUCACGAAGAAGAGGCUCAGGAAAGUAAAGGAACUGCUACUAGAGGACACAGUGAGACUGGCAACUCUGAGAAUGAUAAUCUCAGUAAUGGAGUUCAAACCAAGACAGCUAUUGCUUCACCAAAUGCUUCUCUGGAAAGAUAUUCUCAAUUUGCUGAUGGCUCAGGCAUUGUAGGAGGAUACAGUGAGACUGAUAAUUCUGGGAAUGAUAAUCUCAAUAACAACGUUCAAACCAAGACAGGAACUGCUUCAUUAAGUGCCUCUCUGGAAAGAUAUUCUAAACUAUCUGAGGACGGUUUUGAUAAAAACAGAGAUGCGAAGUGUAAUCACUCACAAAGCUUUAGGCUGAUAAGUGGAGAAAAGAUACCAAAUAUAGAGGGGCCUAAAAAAAACUUUGGAAGGCAUCUUUCUUUUUCUGGUAUUGAUCUCUUCUGUGCAUUAUUUACUGACCCUCCUCAUGCUGUUUCUCGCACAAAAAAACCAAAGAGGGGUUUGGCACACUCGAGUACAUAUAAUAAUAUUCGAAAAGAUGAGAAUCCUGGCCAUCUAUUAACUGCACAUGUAUCUACACCAUUGGAUAGCGAUUCGUCAAGUAUUAUAGAAGAAGGGGAUGACAAUGUGCCUGUUGAUUAUUCAAGUAGUUUAAACGAGGUCAUAAAUGAUGAGGGAGCUGCCUGGGUAUAUGAGCACAAACAGAAAAUAGCUCACCCAGAUAUAUCAAAUGGUAAACAUGAUCAAGUAUCAGGUAGUGAAUGCAUAGUUGAAGAUGUCAGGGAGGUCGUUGAUCAUGUUAGUGAUCUUUCACACAUCAAUCAAGUCUUAGAACUUCAAACUUGUUUUCAAGAUGAUGAAACUUCGGACCUCUCGGACUCAGUAGGUGAAAUACUAGAUCCUUGGUGCAGUAUUUAUGAGCUUGAACUUUCUAAUGGCCAACCUAAUGAGGCCAGGACAGAAGUUUUGCCAGCUUAUGAAACCACUGUCAGUCAUGAGAUAAUUGAUGAUGCUCAAAAGAAAUAUUUCUAUCUCCAUCUGCAUUCUGAUUGUGCCGACUUCAACUAUAUGAGGUAUAUUCUUCAGCUCUCCAGCUUUAUCGAUAGUGAUCACACAAUAGACCAACCUCUUAAUUCUUCAAUAUUUGAGGGAGAGGAGGCUUGCUUUUACGAAAAACUUGAAUGCUAUUGGGGGAAGGUUGACAAGGAUUCUGAUCACCAACUUCUGCAUGAUUUAGUUUAUGAGACAUUACAUAAUAUGUAUGAAACCUCAUUCGUUAGUGUCCUGAAAACCUUCUCCUCGAUGAGCCAAAUUCGUCCAAUGCCACUUGGGCAAUAUCUUCUCGAGGAGGUUCAAGAAAAAAUUGCCUGGUACCUGCGCUUGGGACCAGAACUAGACCAAUGUUUAGACGAUGUGGUAGGGCGAGAUUUAAACAAAGGUGAUGAUUGGAUGAACCUCCACCCUGAAACAGAAUUCAUAGCACUUGAUCUGGAAGAUAUGAUUCUUGAUGAACUUUUAGAUGAAGUAAUAAGUUAUAAGGAACUUUUUGGGUAGAUAUUGUAUAGUAGCAAUCUUUAAAUCUGUGUACAUAUGUCCAACAUCAGAGAGUUAUUGCUAAGGUCCAAGUAGGUGAAAAUGGAAAGAGAAAAAAUAGAAACAAGCAUAGAUUGUUUCCUUUUUUUGACUUCCCUAAAGAGGGGGAGGGGAAUGGGUCUUGAGAAUUUUUAAUCUCAUGCAAUUAUUUAGACAUUUGUAUAUUUCAUUUGUAUUGGAAUACUCUUUUGUGUGUUUGUGUGUAAAAAACAAUCACUUUUGAGUUAUUUGAUUCCUCCUUACCUUCUCUUCA